CAUGCUGCCUGCUAGGCUGCAUUUGUAAGCCCUCCCCGGCCCUCGAAGCCACUCGCGUCCGCACGUUCCUCGUACGCACCCGCCAGCGCGCCCCAGGACUUUCUUUGGAACAGAACCAUGGGGCAUCCCCCGCUGGAGUUCAGCGACUGCUACCUGGAUAGCCGGAUUUCCGCGAGAGGCUCAAGUGUUAUGAGCAGGAGCUGGAGAGGAACCAACAAAUUCAUCAAAGACGUGAUCAAAGACGGCAACGCGCUUAUCAGUGCUAUGAGAAGUUACUCCUCUGCUGUUCAGAAGUUUUCCCAGACGCUGCAGUCCUUCCAGUUUGACUUCAUUGGAGACACUCUGACUGAUGACGAGAUCAACAUUGGUUCUCAUUUCCUCAAAGCCAGUCAGUCACCAGAGCUUCGAGACCUUUCCUAUGUCAUCCUUCCUGUUGAACUUUGCUUCAACUCUCCCAUCCCUCAGAGCCUCACCACAAAUGUCAAUGAAAGCCAUGCAGGAAAAAGAGGGCAU